AUGGACGCUUCGACUGGAGGAGUUCCCUUGUCGCUGGUGGUUUCUGAUGAUGGGCUUUUCGCUGCCCACGUGAGUGGGAAAGACCUGGUCGUCCACUCAAACCCCACUGCGGAGCAUAAAGAUAUGCAGUCAGCAAGAAUGAAGGAGACCACAGUCAAGUCUCUCAAGUUCUGUCCCUCAAAGGCUACACAUAACAAUAUCAACCGCCAUUUACUUAUCACAAACGAGUCGCGCAUCUCGGUCUGGCAGCUGGAACCCCUGCAGCUAGUCGCCGAGAUUGAAAAUGUCGAACCUGGCACCUUGAACGUUGAAUUCGGCGGGGACGAAAAUGAAGUUCUUGUUUUUCACGCAUGGAAUAACAAAAUGGCUAUCCACUCAAUAGAAACUGGUCAAAUCUCCGUGGUCAAAACGCCCAAGUUCCCACACCCACUUGGGUUCGGGUACCGCCCAAUAACCAGAAAGCAUCUUGCCAUUAUCCUAAAGCCUGAUGCUUCCGACACUCUUACCAUUCACGAACUCCCAUCCUACGAACUGUUGAAUCGCACGGUUCUUCCAACCAUUGAUGCCCAAGGUUUGAAAUGGAGUCCCGAUGGGAAAUGGAUUGCUGUGUGGGACACCCCCAGCUCUGGCACCAAGGUGCUGAUAUUGACGGCCGACGGUCAGAUGUUCAGAACAUACAAUGGACCAGCCGGGGUGGACGAUGCAUUUGAUCUAGGCGUGAAGCAAAUCGAAUGGAGUGCCGCAGCUGGCCCUAGCGGUGUCUCGGAGACUCUCGCUGUGGGCAAGAUUAACGGCAAUAUUGACCUAUUACGGACUCGCACGUUCUCAUCAUCAACUACACUUUCCCACGUCUUCCCAAUGGACCAAAACUCUCCAACCAUUUGGCGUGAGCGAUCCACAAGUGCCAUGGGCGACGCAGAAUACGCCGAAACAACAAGCUCUUCAGCAUUCAACAUGAGCCCUGAAUCCCCCGGCCCACCUCGAGGUGUGGCCAUCAUGACUUUCAGUCCUGACGGCACUCUUCUCGCAACUGUGGAUACCAUGCGAUCAAACGUUGUCUGGAUCUGGGCUUUGGACAUCACACCCAGGCUAGCGUCUGUCCUGGUUCAUGAACAUGCUGUGCGACAGGUCCUUUGGCACCCUUCCACACCGCAACUACUCAUUAAUUCCAUCACCAAUAACCUACCCGUUGUACGGUGGUGGUCGCCUCAAAGCCAUCCUGUGAUUGCCCGAGUUCCUACCCAGAAAUGCGAUAGUGGGAAAUAUGAAGUGAAGUGGUUGGUUGGAGAGGAGCAUGAUUCGGCAUUUUGGUUUGGGUCAUCGGAGGAAUAUGUGGUCGGGUAUCUUUCUGCCGAUGAAAACUCCGUUCAGUUUGAAGUAUUAAAUUCCUUUGCCAAUCGGGGACCUCCUACUGGGAGUAUCAGCCGGUAG